AUGGUUUUUCAUCUCCCUAAACAGCGAAUUUCACAAGAGGUCCCUUCCUCGCCACUCCCUCCUGUGAGUGGUGCCAUCAUGUCCUUUUAUUACAAACUGUUCUUCUUUCCAGUUACAGAAUCAAAACCUGUGUAUCGCGAGGGCAACAGCGCCUCUUCCACGAGAACCUUCCUGAGACGUACAUUCAUUAAACACGAGUUUCAUCACUUGAAUGUCCGGCUUGUUGGAACAGUGGCAGUGUCUGAUGCGUUUGACUGCACGUUAGAAUGCCUCAGCAAUCCGUUUUGUCUCUCUGUAAACCUGGCCGCCUUCAAAGGAGCCCAUGGAAAACUUUGGUGCGAGUUGUUGUCAUCUGAUAAGUUCAGAAACUCCACAGAGUAUAAAGGGAAUAAAAGUUCGCAUCAUUUUGCCAUUGAGGUAGGAAACACUCUUAAUUCUGACAAUUAAACGUGUUAAAAGUUUGACAGCUUUGUCAAGAUCGUAGAGAGAAGGCAGUCAGGUUAAAGCCACUGCAAAUGGUGUCGGUCUGUUGUCGUAUUCAUUGUGGUGACAACCGUAUUUCUAUGGCAUGUUGUAAAGCAUGCAAACACUUUCUCGUGCCGCGCACUAUCUUACUUACUUACCACCUUCUGUUUCCCAGGCACGUCGGCAGACUAAGAAAAUAUAUGUGACUCGGUUGAAAAUUUUAGUCAAGAUACCAGAUUCUGUUUAUUUAAAGAAUGGAAUCGUUGUUUGAAUCGUCAACAUUUGGUCAGCCUUUAGUCAAUUUGUGUUUUAAUAUGUUUUAUCGACAGACUUCUUCAGUUGCUGCGAACGUUCGAAACGGUUAGAAAACCCUUCCAGACUCAUAGACCCCAACGCCUUAGCAAUAUAUUUUUAAUCUCAUAAAACCACUUUCUCAAAUGCCAGCAAAGGCAGAAAACUCAGCCAAAAUCUUAAAACUGUAGAUGAAAAUGAAAAAAAAACCUAGAUACCAUCAUAUGAGGUAUUUCUAUACCAUCAAAAAUUUCUACUAAAACGAAUCCGAACUGGAUUGACGGAAUAGCGCGGAUUGGCGGAUUCAUGUACCCGCUAUUCACCACUUACAUAAAAACUUACAGUUGCCUUUCAAAAUGAACCAUUUUCCUACUUUGUUUCUCUACAGUCACCUUGCUCUUCGUCACCUUGUCAACACGAAGCGACCUGUGUCACAAACUACAGAGAUGGCUCAUUCGGAUGCCGCUGUGCAAAAGGCUUCAUAGGAGAAUAUUGUGAAAAAGGUGAAAAGUUUGGCAUGGUUUUGUGACUGAUAUACAUCCAACAACAUUAAAUACUAUAAUUCUCAAGUGACUGCCAUAAAUUUUACUACUAAACCUCGCAGCUCGAAAAUGUUCUAAAAUAGCUAGCGAAAAUAGAUAACUAAAAAACACUUAAUGCAAUGCAUAAAGAUGUUGAAUCUCUCGAUGCUCAAGUUGAUUAAGCAUCUGACUGCGAAAUCGAAAGGUCUGAGGUGAGAAAAACUGAAUAUCUAAUUUUAUUUUUACUUCUUCUCAAACAUCAACUAUCAUUAACCACGGGGGGGGGUGGAGGAUUUUAGAGGAUCACAUGAUUUUCAGGGGGAAAGGAGGGGAAUCAGUCGUCGCCGACAGAGGUUAAAGGGGGGGGGACUGUAGAAAUUGACUGCCAAUUUUAAAAACACUAAUUAGUGGGGAUCAUAAGGAUAUUGAAGAGCCUCUGACCCCCUCCCUCGACAGUAAAUUAUAACUGGUGCCUAAGUAAUGUUUAUCAGCUCUUAUUGCUCAAAGAUUUUGCAACUGAACUGUGAUAGAGCCUAAAUAUCUUAAACACCCGACUUUUCUUUUUUUCUUUACAUUCAGGCAUUGAGUCCUGCAAAGAAGCUUACAACAUUUUCAAGUAAGUGAUACCAAAUGAUUAUCUUUUCGAGCAUGAAAAAGAGACAAAGUUGUCGAAUAGUUUUGAUGUCGAGGGAAGAUUUUUCGCCACAAACUAAUAUGAUCACGGGGUAAUCCAUUAUCAUCAACUGAGUUGAUAACGUAAAUUGGCCAUCGUAAAGAGUUUAAAAGCUGACGUCUCGAGCGUUAGCCCUUCGUCAAUUGCUCUGACGAAGGGCUAACGCUUGAAAUGUCAGCUAUGAAACUCUGUACGAUGGCCAAUUUGCGUUAUCAACUCAGUUGAUAAUAAUAAAUUAGCUUGUAAUAGUGUAGUUUGAUCGUCCAGGUGAGUGUAGUCCUGAGAAGGACUGUUGUCGGUAGUGGUGACUGACGUUUCGACAACCUGAGCGGAAGUCAUCAUCAGAGUCGAGUGAAAGGUUGUUGUCAGUCGAAUGUACUUAGUCCGGUUUGUGUACACUGAUUGGUCAGUUUUGCCGUCACAGUUUUUUUUAGAAAUUUACCCCUUUAUUAAUAUGAUCACGAAUGGAUUUCUUUUCAUAUCAAACAGGUCAAACGCCAGUCAACUGGUUACAUUAUACCUUGACUUUAAACUGAUCACAGUUCUCUGUCAGAUGGGGGAUUUUGGAUGCGGAUAUGGAGGAUGGACGCCUGUUAUGAAGACUGACGGCAACCAGGUAAGCCUCAUAUGUUGAUGAAGCGCCAGGAAGAAAUAUUCAGAAGCGUCGAAACUACUAUAGAAUCUCUUGGCAACUCGCCCAUAUUCUUUUCGCGGCCCCUGCGUGCCCAAAUUCUUCUGGCAUAAGUGUUACAAUACCUUGAUACCUCAAAACGUGACAAAUUCCUAAUUAACCCGCCUGCAAGUAGGGUAUAGAUUGAUAGCUUCUACGCGAACUGUGUUACUGAUUCAUGAGAGUCCUGCCUUGGGUGAUGCAUCGUGUUAUUUACAUUUAAGGAUAAAUUAAAUCCUCUAAAUUCUUUUUAGGCAACGUUUCACUAUGACUCUCACUACUGGAGUGAUAAAAACCAAUACAACAUCGUUGGCGGGAGGACUGGGUUUGAUUCACAGGAGACCAAGUUACCGACCUAUUGGAACACACCUUUCUCGAAGAUCUGUCUCGGUAUGAAGAUUAGUGGACAGCUCAGGUUUAUUGUCAUUAACAAGCCGGCCAACUCUCUGCAUUCACUGAUCGCUGAUGGGACAUACCGCGCUUCUUCACUGGGUCGAAACGAGUGGAAGACGUUGAUUGGUGCGCAGGGCUCUUUGCAACUAAACUGUAACAAGGAGGGCUUCAAUGCUGUAGGUACUUCAAGUCAUCAUGCUAAAGCAAGAAUUGGUUAUAUAGCUAACCAGGAAAACGAUUGUGGCUCUUGUGACUCCAGAAUUGGGUUUGGUACCGGAGGAGGUCCUGAUAACUCCAAUACGUGUGGAAACGCAGCAGCAGUUUUCCCUGAUAAUGGUGACAAAUACAUCAAAGCUAUGGGAUAUAUUUUGGUGCAGUAA